UUAAUGAGUGAGAGAAUGAAAUUAUACCCAGUUCACAUGGAUGGAGCUUCUUUUAUAAGCCUGGGAAUCCCUUUACAUCAAGGGUCUUCAGCUAUAAAGACUUCUCACCUACUGAGGAGAGAAUUAAAUCUCUGUACUUUUAAUAAGGAAGCCAUGUCCAGCCGGCCAAUCACGAUCAUAUCGAGUAAGACAGGACAAGGUGGAAACUAUCAUGGGAUGAAUCUCCACAGUCACAGAGUGUGUGAGCGCAUGGAGUCGGACUCGUCUCUGUGCGGAGAAUCCGGCCUCGGCUCCACCGUGGAUCUAAUCAGCAGCUGUUCUCACACAUGUAACAGAAACCAUUAUCCUGUCUACAAACCCUGGCUCCCGAAAGUCCAAGUGCCGACCGAUGAUCCAAGAGACAGAAGAAAGAAAAUUAACUCAAUCCUCAUUGGUGUGCUGAAGAUCCCGCUCCUCUUCUUCCUCCUCUACUGCUUUGUUUGUUCCUUGGACACCUUGAGCUCUGCUUUUCAGCUGGCUGGGGGAAAGGUGGCUGGAAAUAUCUUCCAGGACAACGCGAUCCUGUCGAACCCGGUGGCUGGCUUGGUGGUUGGUAUUCUGGUCACAGUACUGGUGCAGAGCUCAAGCACCUCCACUUCCAUCAUUGUCAGCCUUGUCUCAUCCGGUCUGUUGCAAGUGAAGUCUGCCGUCCCUAUAAUAAUGGGCUCGAACAUUGGCACAUCCGUCACCAACACCAUUGUUGCUCUGAUGCAGGCUGGAGAGAGGAACGAAUUUAAACGAGCGUUUGCAGGAGCUACGAUCCACGACUGCUUUAACUGGCUCUCGGUGUUGGUGUUGCUGCCCCUGGAGGUAGCUACAGGUUUGCUCAGCUAUUUGGCUAAAGCCACUGUAUCCAGCUUCCAUUUACAGAGUGGAGAGGAAGCACCGGAGCUACUGAAGGUCAUCACUGAUCCUGUCACUAAGCUCAUCAUACAGCUGGAUAAAUCUGUCAUAACUGCCAUCGCGUUGGGAGACGAGAGCAUGAGGAACCGCAGUCUAAUCAAAGUGUGGUGUGGCAUCACGCCAACAGUGAACGUGACAGAGAAUAUUUCUCGGAAUUGUUCCUCAGCGUUGCAUUGUGGGAAGGAUGGUGAUCUCAGCAUGCAGGUUAAUACAGAUAGAUGUUUGCAUAUGUUUGCCAACACCAAUCUGUCUGAUCUGUCUGUGGGUCUGAUUCUGCUGGCUGGAUCUCUUGUGGUGCUUUGUUCCUGCCUUAUCUUCAUUGUCAAGGUCCUCAACUCAGUGCUAAAGGGUCAAGUGGCACGAGUCAUUCAAAUGGUCAUUAACACAGAUUUCCCAUACCCCUUUGGCUGGCUGGCGGGAUACGUGGCUAUGAUUGUCGGAGCGGGAAUGACUUUCCUGGUGCAGAGUAGUUCAGUCUUCACCUCUGCCAUGACACCACUUAUUGGACUUGGAGUGAUCAGUCUGGAGAGGGCAUACCCUUUGACUCUGGGCUCCAACAUUGGCACAACUACUACUGCUAUCCUCGCUGCGAUGGCAAGCCCUGGAGACAAACUGGCUGCUGCCUGCCAGAUCGCUCUGUGCCAUUUCUUCUUCAACAUUUUCGGAAUUUUACUAUGGUACCCGCUGCCCUUCAGCCGUGUGCCUAUCCGCAUGGCGAGGGCGCUGGGUGAGCGCACAGCAAAGUACCGCUGGUUUGCUGUGCUCUACCUCCUGCUCUGCUUUCUGCUACUCCCUGCAUUGGUCUUCGGUCUCUCUCUGGCCGGCUGGCAUGCCAUGCUUGGUGUGGGAGCGCCAUUUGCUGGGGUCGCCACCUUCAUCAUCCUGGUAAACCUGCUUCAGUCACAUAGCCCCACCCACUUACCCCAAUGCCUCCGGAACUGGGACUUCCUGCCUCUAUGGAUGCACUCACUUAAACCGCUGGACAAACUCAUCACCAAAGCCACAGCUGUUUGCCGCCAGUCCACCAAUUCCAGCGCUGCCAGUCUGGACCCUGAAACUGCCACCAUUCCCGAUAGCGCUAACAUAAAAGCAGAAUCGGUGGCAUCUCAGAAAAAGGCUCAACUAUCGUACGACAACCCUGCGAUUUCGCUUCAGGAUGAGUCGCCUCCACAGCAACGAGUGUUCAAGCUAAAGGGGCUAGAACGGUGCAACAGCACGCCACUUUAGAACCAAUAUUACUCAGUAAAACCCUACAUCUAGUGUGUGUUUGUUACUCAAGGCCAAAUGACAGUCCUCACGCCUUCUCAUCAAGACCAGUUGGUGCGAUUGGCGUAAUAAAGUCUCUUAUAUUACACACUUUUCACAAUUUCCAAGUUCAUUCAGUUUCGCAACAGAUAAUUGUGCUGUAUGUACAAAGCUUUGGGAUUCUUGAGUUCACACCCCAACACUAUCCAGAUGCUACUUUGGAUAAAAGUACAGUAUUAGCCAAAUGAGCAAAUGCAAAUGAAUGUAACUUUAUAGUGCUGAAGUGGCUUUAUGGACUCAGUCAUCUCAAUCAGCCAAUGGCUGUAUGCCUUAAAGCAUGAGAUAGUAGUUAUAUCCUCAGACUAAAAAGGCAGGUUUUUUAAGCAAAUAUAUUGAAAGUUUGCUGCUCUAACUACUCUCAUAUGAGUUGUUUAGUCUUCUAAAUACCAAAUGAAUUGUGCUGCUUUAUAUGUAAUGGCAGGGUGAAAGUAAUUGUUCAUCAAUAAAAUGGACCUGUGCUGUUCAAAGAAGCACAGUCUGGGGCAAUACGUGCUUAGUGUUUAAAACACACAUGAUUGAAAACCCUAGAUAAUAGUCUCACACAACAGCCAAUUUUUGGUUCCUGCAACAGGAGAAGCUAUCAAAUGGCAACAAUUAAGUUACAACACACCUGGCAUUGAAAGAUAACAAUAAAGCUUUCUUUUGUUAGUGUUUUCUGUUGUUAGAAUGGUACAAUACUCCCUAAUUAGGAGCUAAGAAACAUUCCAAUAUUGUUAAUAUUUAAAAUAUAUAUAUAUAUAUAUACAUAUAUAUAUAUAUAUAUAUAUAUUGCUCAUGCUAUUCUCAAGCAUGAGUUUCUUAUUGAACUCUAAAUCGUUUUGUAUGACAUUUCUAUGACAUUUGUAAUACAGAGCAUUCAACAAUAACUCGGAAAAUGCCAAAUGUCAUCAGCACUACUUUAUAAAGGGCACCUUUUGUAAAUAUGUUUGCUUUCUUUUAUUAUUUUACACACCAUCUGUUUCUAACAUGAUGCAGGAUUGAUUUCAUGCUUUCCAUCAUGAAUACACUCCUCUGGAUUGACUUGUAUCGAUCCCUCUAUUCUCUGCCAGUGAGUAAUGCCACUACUGAACACACUUAAGUACAGAAUAAUUAGACAGAAAGGUAAAAAUAAUGAACUUACCUUAUUCCAUUACCUGGUAUAACAAAUGAAAAAAUAAUAUUACAUUUUAUAUCAUUUCAAAUGGUUAUGUCUUCUUUCUGUUUUUCGUUUUCUUUCAUGUAAUGCAAGAAUCGCUGCAUUCAACACGUUUUUAAAGACAGAGACAUGGGAUCAUUUGUUUGUUGAACAGAAAACAGACUGGUGCUAUUUUUGUAUUUACAAUGAAAUGAGAAGAUCAUCAUACCAGUGCAUCAUGUCAAAUGUAUAUAGAAAUGUCUGUUGCUGAAGAAAAAUAAAAAGAGUGAUGUGCAAUAAU